AUGUCCAUCACAAACGGCCAGCCCGCCUGGCACCCUCCCUACUUGCAACAUACAAACAGCAAUAGAAGUAUAUCGCAUCUCGACGAUGUCCCUGCGCGCACUCAGACCCCCGUUGAUAACUCGAGUGCGUUGAUGCCUGAGGCACAACUUGAUAUCGAGGAUGAGAACAGACGCGCUCUAUUUGCCGAUUUGUAUCGCAAGACUGAGGACAAGGUCGCGCUGCUAUUUUCUGAAGAUGGCUCAUAUAACUAUCCCGCGAUUACUGCUCUGCGACGCUCUCCGCCCCCCUCCGCACAUGUUAUCCCUCCUACGACCGACCACGAACCUAUCAAGGAACCCCCCUUAAAGAAGGCGAAGCGCACCAUCGACGAAGACGACUACGACGAUGAUGAUGAUGAAGAAGACGAAGAGGAUGAACCCUCACAACCGGUGUUCAAACCCAACUCGGCCGUCGCCCCUGCCAAUACGUUACUUUCGCCGUCCAAAUCAGGGAGUUCGCCUGUUCACUCGGUGACAUCACCGGAGAAGCAUGGUGAUAAACCCAAGGAUCAAGACGGUUCGCAACCUAAAGACAAAGAUAGUGAAGAUUCGAUAAAGAAACUUGAGGAAGCACGAACGGCUACCGAAGCCGCCGCUCGGAGGAGCUUCCAUACUAUAUUCCAUACCCUCGAAAAUGACCGAGCGGCUAUGCUGGAACAACAACAACUUGAGGAUUCCGAGAAGCAGUUGCAAGCUGAAAUGGAUCAUAACCAUCACCCAGCCACCAACCACAGCAGUGUUGUUCCGAAUCAGGGGUCCCUUAGUAGCGCAAACCUCGGUGCUUCCAGUUUAACAUUGAAACAUCUAAUCGCCCGCAUCGACAUGAAACGAGAUCAGGUCCGCGCCUCCGACGCUGAGCUUCGACUGUUGAUGAAUGAGGUCCGCAAGAAUAGGAGCAAAUGGGCCAGCGAGGAGAAUGUGAACCAAGAGGAGUUGUAUGAGGCUCUGGAAAAGGUCUUGACGGAAUUGAAGGCGCAUACCGAAUACUCCACUCCUUUCUUGACAAGGGUCAACAAGAGGGACGCCCCUGACUAUUACAAUUUCAUCAAAAACCCGAUGGAUCUUGGUACCAUGACCAAGAAACUCAAGAGUCUGAAUUACAAAUCCAAGACAGAUUUCGUCGUGGAUCUUAAUUUGAUCUGGGACAACUGCCUCAGAUACAAUCAAGACAUGAAUCACCCAUUACGGCGCAUGGCGAAUGGGAUGAGGAAAGAAGCAGAAAAGCUUAUUCCACUGAUCCCUGAUCUUGCCAUUCGCUCCCGGGCUGAGGUUGAAGCUGAGGAACGACGGAAGCAAAACGGCGGGGAUGACGAUGCAGGAGAAGACUCCGAUGACGAGCCGAUCAUGUCUUCACGAGGCCGCAAAGCUGGCGCCAAGGGCGCAAGCAAAGCACGAAAAGCCCCGAAUGAUCAGAAAGAAGAUACGCCAGCAAUUGACCAGAAGCCCAUACUUCAAGUCAAUGGACUCGUGGGGAAGGUUCGUGAAGGCUCAGAAGUUGACGGAAGCAAUGGUUUUGGGACGCCACCAAUUGCUGGGUCACUUACACCAGGCGGCGUCAACGGUCACUCAGGAAUCGCGAGCAAUGCCGAUGCUAUGGACAUUGACGGACCAAGCAUCAAUGGCUUGGCCCUCAACUCAGCGUUCGGUGAAGCUGUUGAACAGGUCUUCGAGGACGAGGAGUAUAAGGUGUGGAAACAAACUACCAAGAAAGAUCGAGCUCUGGUGGCCAAGGAGCGAUUCCAACUAUUCAAGGACAACAAAUUCAACACCGAAGCCCCUGCUCUCCUUCGCACCAAGGCCGGCAUGCGUCGAUUCCUGAAAAGGCAGAGGGAAGCUGAGGCAGAGGGUAUCAUUACCAAUGCUCAAGCAAAUUCGACAGCUGUGGCCUCGGAAUCUGCGACAACGAAACCAACCGAAACUUUGGCUGAAGAGAUCGAGGAAGAGGCAGUCAAGGUGAUUCCUGACUACUACGACACCUUAAGCAACAUUCCCGACAUUCACCCAAAGCUUCAAUGGAUUGAGGACAGCGAAGGGCAGGUGAUCAACCAGCAUGAGGAGUUUCUUCGUCUAGUUCCAGCUGGUACAUUUGUGGCACCACCAGGGCGCUUUACCAAGAAAAUGGACGAAAACAUCCAUCAGAUUCAGGAGACAAGAAAGCUUGCGACCAGGAUCUCGGUCAUCAAGCAGAUGCAAGUCCAGACACAGGUGUAUACAAACCAAUUCCCGAAGUCAAACUCAGACCCCUUCGUGGAGCAGGACAUUGAGCCUCAUUUCAUCUCAGACGAUGGCCCUGUGAUGGCAACCGAAACAUGCCAAGAAGCUCUCAAGCGCUCCAUUGCCAAGGUCCUCUAUCACACUGGAUUUGAGGAGCUUCAGCCUUCAGCCAUGGACGCUUUUACGGGAGUUGUGGGGGAUUAUUUUCACAAGCUGGUUCGGACUUUUAAUCUUUAUAAUGAAGCAGAAAAGGAACCAACGCCUGCAACCGUGCCAGGUGCCAGAUUCCAACCCAAGUUCACACCCGAAGAAGUUAUACUCCACACCCUGGACGAGAACGGCCACGAUGUCAGUUCGCUGGAGCUAUACGCCAAGGAUGAGAUCGAUCGACUCAGCACCAAGUUGGACGCUCUUCACGAAAGGAUGAAGCUGCACCUCACGGACUUGUUACGACCUGCUCUAUCACAGGAUGCUGGCGCUGAUGGAGUUGGAGCCUUCAAAGAUGGCAGCGAGCAGUUCGUCAGCGGUGACUUUGCUGAGGACCUUGGUGAAGACUUCUUUGGUUUCCGGGCACUAGGUCUGGAUAAGGAGAUGGGACUUGAUAUGAUCUCCGUGCCCUUGCAUCUUCUACAAACCCGAGUCCGCAAUCAAUACCAGAUGCAGACACAGACUACUGGGGAGACGGCCACCGAUCUCUUCGACCCAUUGCCAAAUUCAGAGCCAGUCACCAAGGAGAACAUUCAGGACCAAGUUGGCCUGGUCAAGAACUUCUUCCUGGCUAAGCUGCACGCUAAUGGCGAUCAGCCCCUCGUGGAGGACGAAGACCUGCCUACCAAACAGAAGAAGCCUCGUCCUCGUUUGGGUGCGAGUGGAAAGAUUGUUACUGCUCAGAAGCGCUCUCCCAAGGAGCAGCUGGCUCUCGCCAAGAAGAAGAAGAAGAUGGAGGCAGCCGCUGCUGAAGCCAGAGCCAAUGCUAACGCAUCGCCUGAUAAAGGAGGUGUCAACGCUACCCCUGGCAAGAAGAAGUCCAUGACAGCUACGACUGGCUCAGCACCUAAUCCUGCAGUUCUUGCCUUGGCUCCAAGCAUGGAAAGGCAAGACAGCAUGCAGAGCCAGGGUAACAACAGCCAAACAGACAAGGACGACACCAUCGGCAUGAUGAGCCCAGAAAGCAUUGCUCAGUAG